AUGGAGACUUUAUCCUUCUAUUUCGAGAUGCCUGUUGAUAUACCUGAAUGUCCACCAAGCCUAAAAUCCAUUCAACAUUAUUUGAAAACUGCUUCUGAACAUGACACAAGAGAUCCUGUGGUUGCUUAUUGGUGCCGUUUACAUGCCUUGCAAGUUGGCCUAAAACUAACUAACAAAAAAACUCCAGAAGAAACGAAACUGCUAAUGGGACUUAUGGACUGGUUAGAAGAACAAAAGACAACACAUAAAGAUAAUGAUGCCAUCUCUAAUGAAGUUGCAGCACAAGCACAUCUUGAAAAUUACGCCCUUAAACUUUUUCUUUAUGCAGACAAACAAGACAGGGAGCAAAAUUAUGGAAAAAAUGUUGUCAAAGCGUUUUAUACAGCUGGGAUGAUUUAUGAUGUUCUAACAACAUUUGGCGAACUAACUGAUGAAGCUGUACAGAAUAGAAAGUAUGCUAAAUGGAAGGCAGCUUAUAUCCAUAAUUGCCUCAAAAAUGGAGAAACACCAGUUCCAGGACCUCUUCCAACAGACGAGCAGGGACAAGAUAAUGAGGGGUCUGAAAGUGAUAACCAACCAGCACCUACGGGUUUUCCACAAAAUCCAGGUUUCUCUUCGCAAAUUACACCAGCUACACCACCUGUACCAACAAGUUUCAACAGCUCUCUACCCGACCAGAAUGCAGCAAUAAAAGCCGCAUCUCAAUUACCACCUGUGCCAUAUACUCCGGAUCCAAACCCAGGAGGAUUUAUUCCGUAUGAUCCCUCACAACAAAGUCAACCAUCGCCACCGACGUACGGUGAUAGUUCUACAAUGGUUGCACAGUUAACUCCUGACCAAAUGGCUAAAGCGCAAAAGUAUUGUAAGUGGGCAGGCAGCGCUCUUAAUUACGAUGACGUUAAAACUGCGAUUGAUAACCUUAAAUAUGCUUUAGAAUUAUUACAGACAGGAAGAGAUCCCGCUUAA